UCACGGAUCAAUUGCGCCUCUUCUGUACUUGUACUUCCUCUCGUCUCAAUUCAUUUCAUCUCUUCCCCUUCUCGCCAAACCCCACCUACGCAUCCCCUGGACUACAAACAAACCAGACAAACAAUUCCAAGCACAAAAUGCCUACGCAAACUGAGGAAGCCCGCACCUCGCUAACCCAUGAAAACUCAUCGCCCGCCAAUCCCGCACCAACUUUGCAGCCCCUUGUGGACGACCAGGCCAGCUACACAGCGCUCCGCUACCGCGCUUCGCUGGGCGUCCUCGUCGUAGCACCGGCCCUGGUCAUCCUCCCCCCUCGCAAGAUGGAUCUCUUCACCUUCGGCCUCGGCGCCUCCUGGCUCUACUGUCUUGGUGAGGUCGCAAAUCAGCAUGGUCGUGACCCCUGGCGCGGGUUUAAGCGGUAUGAGCAGUUUGAGAAGGAGAAGUUGGAGGGGAGGGACAUGGGAGGAAGGGUGGCCGAGACUAAUGGCGAGUUGGUCGGGGCUGGUGGGUGGAGAGGGGAGAAGGUUGUCAGGGAUGUCCGACCCAAGGAGGCGGGGAGGAGCAUUUCUGAGAUUAUUAUAGAGCGGGUAUGGGAUGUUUGGGAGCAGAAGGAUAGGGAUCAGGAGGAAGGGAAGAAAGGGAAAAAUUGAGCGUGAGAUUGAGGUGGGGGUCGGACUGCUGUGUAGCUCUGCUCCCACAUUCAUACAAUCGUGGCACACCUAGAUACACGCCCCCUCCAAGUACACACUCACUACUG